AUGCGCGAUCGCGCCUGCCUCUUGGUCAUGCAGCUAUCAUCACUUCAUCUUAAACUGCGUAAUGCGUCUCUUCCUCCCACACACAAACUCAAAAACAUAUUCUUAUCUCAAACCAAAGCAUACGCAACACCUAAGAUACAAACUUACCUCACACCUAAGAUACACAAUCUCUUCAUGGCACACGGACGAAGACGCGCGAGAAGACGGGAGAAGAAACUAGCACGCAAACAGGCCUACCAAAACAGAGUCGAUCGAAAGACCUAUUCAGAGAACAUACAUUCAAAAUGUCAUGCUCCACGUCAAGAUCCACUGGUGGAGGCGAAUACCGACGGUGUACCAACUUCGACGACCACUCAACCCUCAGCACAAUCGCUGGUUAGCCCGCAGAUUCAACAGACCAACAUUUUCCCUUCUGAAUUUGGGAUUUAUACUAGUUUCUUUACACGCGGUAUAACACUGGCUCGGAGCCGUGAAGAAUCCAAAACCGCGCCUCUAUUCCGGGUGUCAAUAUUCUCAUCCAAACCCCAUAUGGAAUUAAGGCGCAACAACGAUUUGCGCUCACCGAGAAUGGCAACAGCGACCUUCCACAGACUUUCACCAGGAACCGACAUUUGUUUAAGCCAGCCCGGUGAAACAGACGUAAACAUUAUUCUCCAAAACAGAGAAGCUUUUACACUUGCGUCAUCCUUUGUUGUUCCCAUUCGCAGCGGCCUCAUGAAGUCAUUCAGAUGGAAAAACAGUCGCGGGGUAGAAGUAGCAUCCCUUCAUGGCUACGGGCACGGGGCAAAACUCGUACGGGAGACUACUGGACAGGUGGUGGCUGCAUGGACAGUUGCGAGCACACGCUGGAGGAGCCAUAGAAAGAUGGCAUGGAUAGCGGCAUCAGGAGGUCAAGAUCCCAGAGAAGAACUUGGGGCAUGGUUCGAGUUGGCUUCCGUUAUGACGUGCAUGGUUAUUAUAGAGUUAAAAAGAAGGCAGGCUGCCGCCCGGUCUGCCGCCGCCGCUAGUUACCAACCCCAUUGA